UCUCAGAAUGGAUGGACUCAUGGCUGAGCAUACUCGCAAAGGAAUAUCAUCAGCACAAUGCAAAUGGCCGCUCAAGCCCAAAAACGAACCAGAAAUUCACUAUCUGCUUGCAACCACAACUCGCAUCCUCGCAUUUUUCAUUCGCCACUCGCGAAUCGCCAAUGCUCACCUCCUCGCUCCCGCCGCUCACCACCCCCAGCUCCAAGCCCGCCGCGUUGGCGAAGGCCCACAAGCCCAGGCCCGCCGCGGUCUUGGUCUCCGCCUCCGCGCCCGCCACGGCCGCGGCCGGGCCCUCCGCCGACGCCGUAGGCGGUGGCCGGAGCGGCCGCCUCUCCGCGCUCAUCCGCUCCCUCUGCGCCGCGGGCCGCACCGCCGAGGCCGCGCGGGCCCUGGCCGCCGCGGGCGACGGCGCGGGCGUCGUCGCCUACAACGCCAUGGUCGCGGGGUACUGCCGCGCGGGCCAGCUCGCCGCCGCGCGCCGCCUCGCCGCCGCCGUGCCUGUCCCGCCCAACGCCUACACCUACUUCCCUGUCGUGCGAGGGCUCUGUGCGCGGGGCCGGAUCUCCGACGCGCUCGCGGUGCUCGACGAAAUGGCCGCCAGGGGGUGCGCGCCCAUCCCGCCCAUGUACCACGUCAUCCUCGAGGCCGCCGCGUGCAGGGGCGGCGGGUUCAGGAGCGCCGUCAAGGUCCUCGAGGUGCUCCACGCCAAGGGGUGCGCGCUGGACACCGGCAACUGCAACCUCGUCCUCAACGCCAUCUGUGAGCAAGGGUCCGUGGAUGAGGCAAUGGAGCUGCUCAGGAAGUUGCCGUCCUUCGGGUGCAAGCCGGAUGUAGUUAGCUACAACGCGGUGUUGAAGGGCUUGUGUAUGGCCAAGCGGUGGGGUGAUGUGGAGGAGCUCAUGGAAGAGAUGGUUACUGUGGACUGCCCACCGAACAUCGUGACCUUCAAUACCCUGAUUGGUUAUUUGUGUCGGAACGGGUUGUUUGAGCAGGUGCACGAGGUCCUCGCACAAAUGUCAGAGCACGGGUGCACACCGGACAUCAGAAUGUAUGCGACUAUCAUUGACGGGAUUUGCAAGGAGGGACAUCUCGAGGUUGCACAUGAGAUUUUGAGUAGGAUGCCUUCUUACGGGCUAAAGCCCAAUGUCGUUUGCUACAAUACUGUCUUGAAGGGCUUGUGCAGUGCCGAGCGGUGGGAGGAAGCUGAGGAGUUGCUGGCUGAGAUGUUUGAGAAAGAUUGCCCCCUGGAUGAUGUGACAUUCAAUAUACUUGUUGAUUUCUUCUGCCAAAAUGGGUUGGUCGACAGGGUGAUCGAACUUCUUGAGCAAAUGUUGGAGCAUGGAUGCAUGCCGGAUGUCAUAACAUAUACUACUGUAAUCAAUGGCUUUUGCAAAGAAGGGUUCAUUGACGAAGCUGUCAUGUUGUUAAAAAGUAUGUCAUCCUGUGGAUGCAAGCCAAAUACGGUAAGCUAUACUAUUGUGCUGAAGGGUUUGUGCAGUGCUGGGCGAUGGAUUGAUGCUGAGGAGCUGAUGUCUCAAAUGAUUCAGCAAGGUUGCUCACCGAAUCCUGUCACGUUCAAUACAGUCAUGAAUUUCUUGUGUAAAAAGGGAAUGGUUGAGCAGGCCAUAGAACUUCUUAAGCAGAUGCUAGUCAAUGGAUGCAAUCCUGACCUGAUUAGUUACAGCACACUGAUUGAUGGACUUGGUAAAUCUGGCAAGACUGAGGAAGCAUUGGAGCUCUUGAAUGUGAUGGUUAAUAAAGGGAUGAGCCCAAAUACAAUCAUUUAUUCAUCAAUAGCGUGUGCUCUCUCCAGGGAAGGCAGAAUUAACAAGGUUAUUCAGAUGUUUGACAACAUCCAAGAUGCCACGAUAAGGUCUGAUGCAGUGCUGUACAAUGCUGUUAUUUCUUCGCUUUGCAAAAGAGGGGAAACAGAUCGUGCUAUUGAUUUUUUUGCUUAUAUGGUGUCCAGUGGAUGUAUGCCCAAUGAAUCGACCUACACUUUAAUUAUUAGAGGUUUAGCAAGUGAUGGAUUCAUAAAGGAGGCGCAGGAGUUGCUGAGUGAGUUGUGUUCCAGAGGCGCUCUAAGAAAACACUUGAUGAGGCAUUUUGGUAUUGCAUAAGCCAAUAGUUAUUACUGCCAAAUGUUGGUGUCCUCGGGCGAUUUCUUAUUAGCAUGAAGAUAGCAUGCACUGCAUUUUGAACUUCAGAUGGUCAAAAAAACAGGUUGCUGCUGUUUGUAACAUAUGAUGUAGCACACCUUUCAAAUGCAAUUUCUGACAGGUGAACACAUAAGUUUCAUGAUGUAACACAUCUUAAUGAGGUCUACUAAUGAGUAGCAUCAUCAUUUCUAGUGCGAGUCAUUGAAGAUAUCAGGAAUACUGAGUCAUUCAAGUUGUUAGGUUUCUAACCUCACAUAUUGGAAUUGAUCAGCCUAAUUUUUCUGUUUA